AUGCCACAGAUCGUUUUCCAUAUUCCCAUGAUCCCCAUUGCCAAAUGGCAGGCUCAGCUAAAACUGCAGCAGGAGAAGGAAUUUCCAGGAAACCUUCUCCGGUUUGGCCAGCAAGCCUCUGGCUGCAUUUCCACCUCUCCUAGCCUGAGAAAAUUAGAGUCACAAGAAGACAUCGUCAAAGUAGCCCCCAGAGGAAGCCAGAGGCAUCCUGAAGGCUCCUCAAGUUGCCUUCCCAAGAGCCUACCUAGAAGUCCAAAGAAUUCUUCUCACUUACUGUCACCCUUGAGACCCCAAACAAAGCCUCCUUCAAACCCUAAAGGAACCAUCAAUGCAGCCAACACAAUCUAGCCACAAACAAAGCCAACUGAUGAGGAUGUCCUUGCUGUCCCUCAGCCUCGCAGGCAGGGUUCAGCUGUGGUGCUGAAUCUGCCUGGAUUUCAAGUGCUCCCCGGGGACCUUCUAGUGUCUGAUGCGGUUGCUGAUUAUCUGUGCCUGCUGCUGCUGCUGCAGAAUCCAAGUCCUAUUCAUUCUGUCUACUUUCAUUGUGCACUUGCUGUGGGGCAGAGAUUGUUACAAGCAAAAGGGACUUUCCAAAUGACUAAGAUUGUCUUUAAGCAGAGCAAAGACAGACAGAACCAGCACAUGUCUGGCUUGGAGAGUGGCCUGUCUUCUCUCAUUAUUACAGGGCAAGACCUGGAAGAAGUGAAGUCAUGGAAAUCCAGCAGAAACCACCCCCCUACCCCCAAUCAGAAGGCAUUGAGAAAGCAGCAAGAAACCAUGUGGAAAUUUUUCACUAGUGAAUGCACUUAUUUUUGGGCAAACUUGAUAUCUUUAAAAAUGAUUUUUAUAAAUACACUAAAAUGCCUGUAAAUUCAUGAAUUGGAUGUGGAGUUUUGGAGGCUGUUUGCAAACCUUGAGGAGUAUGAAGAAGAGGAGGAGCUAACAAGGCCCACCUACACCGGAAACCAGGAAAGGGAGGAGCUUACAAGGCCCACAAAUGAAGAAAACCAUGAAGAAAAUGAAACCACCAAAAAUCUUACUACACUUGACAAUUUCCAAAAAUUUAGACAUCUACAGGAGAUUAUAGUAUGAGCUCCACUUUGGGGCAAGGAUAAAAGGUUUUUCAUUCCAGAGGGGUUGAAGCACAUUAUUAAAGAACACCCAACAGAAAACCUCUUGUCAUCAACUAAUGAGCACCUUAUCUAUGAAGAAAAAUUAACUCUCCCAGACAGCGUAAGAUUCCUCAAUGUCUGUCUGUUCCUCUUUGACGAUUUCUUAAUUACAAAAAUUGAGCACAACAAAAAGUUACGUGGUAAACUCAGAGGCUUGGACACAAGAUUAACAUGUCCUUCACUGACAGAGCUGCAAGCCAUAAUAAAAGAGGGUGGUUUGUGUACAAGGCUUGAUCAGUCCCAGCCCAUCCCACUAGACAGAUUGGUAGGCAAAGCAUUGUCCCCACCCACACCAGUCUUUGGGCUGAGGAAUGCUUUUCUUAUACAACAUGAAAAUAGAUUCUGACAAUGUAUAGCAGCAUUCUCAUUACAAGCCCAAACAGAAAACAGCCAAGUAUGUAUCUUCAUUUUGCAAAUUUUUGAUUCUUAAAGGUGAACUGGGAUAUCUUGUGUUUCUGCCCCAGCUCUGGAGAGGGCAGAUGUUGGGAGGGGCAGAGAAAGAAAUGUGGUUCAUAUUGUCAUCAGAAACUUCACUUGCGAAUCAGUACUGAGGCCUUGCUGCUCUUGCUGCU